CUUCUCCUCCCCUUCUUCUUCAUUGCCAUGAAUGCAGAAUCUGAUAAUUCGACAUACCCGAAUUGCCGAUUAGACCGCUGCGGUGAGGUCAAUAUCAGCUACCCGUUUUGGAAGAUGGACAGUGAAUCGACCUCCCAGUUCUGCGGUUAUGAAGGCUUCGGAAUCAACUGUUCCCAAAAUGGUGAUCAAAAUAUUUCCCAGAUUGCUUUAGGUGGCGAGUCUUACUACGUCCGGGGUAUAGACUAUGUACUCAGAAAUAUCUUCCUUGCCGAUUACAACGUUUUUCAGGUCACCAGUCUCUCCAACAGCUGCCCUCGGGUGCGCCAUAACAUUACCAUUGGAACCUUGCCUCUCUAUUUCGCGAUGUAUAGCGUUAAUCUUACUUUUCAUUUCGAUUGCAAUGGAUGCCCGUCGUUUGCGACUGAGAUACCAUGCUUGGAAGGAAAUGAGGGAAAGGCGUGCAUGGUUGCGAAUACGAGUAUGGAUUCGGAUUGGGGUGAAUACUCAUGUGAUCAUGAAGUGGUAACAACAGUGACCAAGGAGUUUAUGGACACGUUCCCUAAUCAUUCUGUUGAAUUCGGCAGGGUCUUGGAAAAAGGUUUCGGACUCCGAUGGGGGCAGGUAGACGGUUGCGAGAAGUGCGAAUCGUCUGGCGGCCAGUGCGGUCGCCACAUUUCGACAGGGUUAAUAUGUUUUUGCUCCGAUGGCACGACCAGAAGAGGCAAUUGCAAAGACUCAGAAAAAAAUGUGAAAAAGAAGGUUAUCAUAAGUUUGUGUUCUGCUGUAUUCGGGAUUCUUCUCAUGUGUGUGGUAUUCUAUAUUUGGAGGCGACGCCAAAACAAGAGACGUUCUUAUGGUUCAUCUUACAGGUCGCGUAACAUUUCGUCGUUUACAUCAUCAAUGACAGAUCCCGAGAAGAAUGGAGCCUACCAUGGUGUCCAAAUCUUUAAAUACCGUGAGCUCGAGAAAGCUACAAACUAUUUCGACUCCAGAAAUGAACUUGGAGACGGUGGUUUUGGUACAGUCUAUGAAGGGAAACUGAAAGAUGGGCGUGUUGUGGCAGUUAAACGCUUAUACGAAAACAACUACAAAAGGGUAGAACAGUUCAUGAAUGAGGUGGGAAUUCUGGCUCAUUUACGCCACAGAAAUCUGGUAUCGCUUUACGGUUGCACCACCCACCAUAGCCGCGAACUUCUACUCGUGUAUGAGUACAUUUCAAAUGGAACCGUUGCUGACCAUCUCCAUGGGGAAAAGUCGAGCCCGGGUUCACUAAAAUGGACCACAAGAAUGAGCAUUGCUGUAGAAACAGCAAGUGCAUUGGUCUACCUUCAUGCUUCAGAUGUUGUUCACAGAGAUGUUAAAACCAACAACAUUUUGUUAGAUAAUAGUUUCACUGUAAAGGUAGCUGAUUUCGGGUUAUCACGUCUUUUUCCGAAUAAUGUUACCCAUGUCUCUACCGCACCACAAGGUACCCCGGGGUAUGUGGACCCCGAGUAUCACGAAUGCUAUCAGUUAACUAAUAAAAGUGAUGUUUAUAGCUUCGGGGUGGUUCUAGUCGAGCUUAUUUCAUCAAAACCGGCUGUGGACAUUACUCGACAUCGACAUGAAAUUAAUCUAUCAAGCAUGGCUUUAAGCAAGAUCCAAAAUGAUGCACUCCAUGAGCUUGUGGACCCGCAUCUUGGAUAUGACACCGAUAAUGAAAUUCGAAAGAUGAUCAGUGCUGUCGCGGAACUCGCGUUUCAAUGCUUGCAAAAUGAUAGGGACAGCAGACCAUCAAUGGAUGAAGUGUUGGAAUGUUUAGUGGCCGUUCAGAAUGGAAUGAGCAGCAACAAGCAUAAUAUGUUGGAUGGUACAUCUGAUGAUGCAGUCUUGUUGAAUCAUUCACAAGAUAUGUCACCGGAUUCUGUGGCGGCUGCUUGGAGUACCUCCACGUUGUCGACUUCCAGCGGGUGAUUUGGUUCGAGAUGUUCCAUUACGACAAUUUACUGGAAUUUCGGUUUGGUAAUACUUAUGUUAUGAAUACACUGCACUAUUGUGUUUUAUGAACAGAGGUGUAUGUAAAUCCUUUUUGUCAUAGCUCAAUUCAUUCAUUUGUUUUGGUUCCUAAUUGGUACGAAUCUAUUGAUCAUAUGGAAUCAAGAUGAGUAACUGUGGACAUCAAACUUGAGGAAGACACCAAUUUGAUCAACAAUGGAUUGUUUCUAUUGAUCAUAUGGAAUCAAGAUGAGUAACUGUGGACAUCACACCUAAGUGAUUUUAUAGUUGUAAAAAAUAUAUUGUACUUA